AUGGGUGAUGACUACAGAACGGCAAGUAUCAUACCCAUCUUCAAAAAGGGCAAGAAAUCCUGGGAAUUACAGGCUCGUCAGCCUCAUUUUGGUGUCUGGGAAAAUCGUGGAGCAAGUCCUCCUGGAAGCCAUUUCUGGGCAUAUGAAGGAGAAGAAUGUGAUUGGAAAUGGUCAGCAGGGAUUUACCAUGGAUUACCAACCAGAUUGCCUUCUCUAAUGAAAUUACUGGCUCUGUGGAUGAAGGGAGAGCAAUGGAUUUUGUACGUUUUGCAGAUCUGGGACACAGCUGGCCAGGAGAGAUUCCGAACUAUUACACAGAGUUACUACCGAAGCGCCAAUGGGGCAAUCCUAGCCUAUGAUAUCAGCAAGAGAGGCUCUUUCCAGUCCAUUCCUCGCUGGAUCGAGGAUGUGAGAAAGUAUGCCGGUUCCAACAUUGUACAAUUACUGAUUGGAAACAAGUCUGACCUAAGUGACCUUCGAGAGGUUCAGCUGGAAGAAGCUCAGAGUCUGGCUGAACAUUAUGAUAUCAUCUGUGCCAUAGAGACCUCUGCAAAAGACUCCAGCAACGUGGAAGAGGCUUUUGUGAAGAUGGCCACAGAGCUCAUGAUGAGGCAUGGAGGCCCAAUGUUCAGUGAGAAGAGUACUGACAGCAUCAAGCUUGACAGCAAAGACGUUGUAGAAGGCUGGGGGUGUGGUUGCUGAUAUGAGCUAGGUGAUAUCCCUAACUUUACUGGAAUUUAGAUGGUGCUUCACCCUAAUGCUGAGUAGCACAGUAGCCAUAUUCUCCUCUUCCUGUGAAACCAGCGAUUUUGUAGAAGUUAGACACAAUCCUGUUUGCUUUGGUGUCUUAUUUUUAAAAGGGGACUCUUGAGAUGUAGUCCUAAAAGUCAGGCCCUCUCAAAAACUUACUCCACAUUUGUUCCCGUUGUGUUAUUUUCUGUAACUUUCAUGUAAGUUACAAAAGUGGAGGAAAAAACUUGGAACUGUUGAUGUGGGUGGGGAGAUAGAUGGCUGGAGGCUAACACACAGACAAAGUUCUGAAACAUUUGGCAUGUGAUUGUUGGCAAAGGAGGUCACUUUUAGAAUAGACAACAUUGAAAAUGUCUCUUUAAAUCCUCAGCACUCCACCAAUGACCAGAAAGCCUAGAAGUAAAAGGCAGUAUCUUUGAUAAAGGUAUUUCAAGUGUCAAAGUACCCAACAUUUUGAUUAAAGGACCAAAUAACAGUCAUCUGUCCCAGGGCAUCUGAAUUGCUAGGUACUAUUGGUACAGGCCCAGCUGGGGCAGCCUUCUCUCAGGUUUGUUUUUUUUUUUCUUAUUUUUAGGUUAUCAUUUUAACAAAUAGCCAAAUCAGCCUGAGCAAUAUCAUGUGACUUGUCAAGCAUGAUUGGAUCAGGUUAAUUAUUUUAAAUACAGGCUUGAGAAAGGAAUGGGUUGAUGUAUUUCAUUUCUUAUUGUUUGUGCAGCGAUAGCUCCCUCUUCCAAGUGGGUGUCGUUGAAUUUUUGCCUUCAAUUCUAUUAAUUUCAUUCCAUAACUCAAGACCUGCACCACUGGAAACAGGAACUGGAAAACCUUGAACUGACUGGUAGCCAUGACCUACUGGCAUGCGUCUAAUGGUCAUAUACAGGGUUCAUUCUGGUCGUACAUUUGCCGUUAUGUUAUUAGAGUGGUUAUUGCUUAAAUGGCAUAACUGAGGUUGGGUUUUUUUAAACAUCCCCUUAAAUACAGUCUAGGCGUUGAGUGGGAAAGAAAACUUCAGAAUAGCUGAAAACUGCAUGCCUUGCAACUUCCUGUUUGUAAGAAAACCACCCUCUUUUUGAGUGAUAACCUUCUACCUUGUACUCAUCUGCUUCCCUUUCCCUGUCACAAGUCACUAACUGCUUUUCAUUUCUUGAAAAUACUCAGCAGGAAAAAUCUUUCACUGUUGAUUAAAAGUCUAUAUCGUUAAGUAAAAUCCACUUCCUAAUCCAACUACAUAUAGUUGUCUUUCAGAUACAGCUCUGUGUUAUCACAUAUGUUAGCAUAUGUUGUGUAUGCAGUUGAAGUACUGAUGGUAGCAGUCCUCCCCAGAUUUACAGUCUCAAGCACCUUACGAACUUGGAUUUGCAAAGGUAGCAGUAGCAGGAUUAUUUUUAAAUCUGCAGUUAAAGCAAAGGUGUUCAGAAGCAGCAAGUGAUUUUUGCAAUCCUGAUACUUUAAAGAAGCUCAUUUUCAGAAGGCACCCACUUAAACCAAAAUCACUUGUCCCUUUUGAAAAUCUUAAUCAAAAAGAACCAGAUGGACUGAGCUGUUACUGGGGCUACACCAGUUUUUGGCCAUUUGGCAUAUCCACUGUCAUAAAAAUCAGGAAGAUUAAGAAAGGGCUAAUAGAUCCUAAUUUCAGUACUGUCCAUCUUCCUACAGAAAAUAUUAACUAUUCUGUCAUCUUUCUGGGUUUUUUUUUAAACUAUGAUAUAGAUUACUGAAGAAAUACUUAUGCUUUGUAGUCUGUUUUCUUCCAGUCUAAGAGGAUAGCUUUUCAAGUUUUAUAGUUGUAAGAGUGAAGGGGCCUUAAAUGUUUCAAUUAGUGUAGUUUUCACAUUUCUAAUGUUUUAUAUGGAAGGGCAGGUUGAGGUGCAGUACUCAGUAGUAUUUUUAGAUAGUUUUCCAAGACAUUCCCGGCUCUUCUACAUCCAAAGAUAGCAGACACUAAACACCCAGCAGUAGCUAAACAGUGAAGAUGAAAGUUACCCAAACUCCAGAUCCAGGUUAUUGGUUAGCAGACCCUGUCUUCCAAGAGAAACCAUUAAGAUAGUCCAAGCUAUAAUUCAGUCCUGAUUACUGUUUUUCCUCCUAGCUAGGUGGUUCUUAAGCUGCAAAAUACUAGCAGGCGUUUCCCUGUUCUCAUGACACAUUAUAGCUUACAUGUGUAGGUAACAGUCCUGCAAUUCUGCAUGCUUGGACACGGACCCUCAAAUAAGCUCAGCCUCCCAGUAUUUGCAGGCUCAGUGCCAAAUGAUGUAGUUAAGCGAUGCUGAUUAUAAAGUAUUGGUACUACUCAAAUCAAAAUCAGUAGCUUACAUAGUAGCUUAUCUUAAAACUGGAACGAGAUGCAAAAUGAGCAUAGAUCCUGCUUUCAGUGCAGUCAGUGAAUGAUUCUGUUUUUACUGUAGAUGGAGAAAUGACGUAUUGAUCCGUUUCCUUAAUUCUGGGUUUCGUUUAGUAAAUGAGUAGAAUUAAACCAAGCACUGCGCUUGUCUUUAGGAUUUACCCUGGUUUAUCUCUUAAAUGAGUGCUGAGGGUUGAGACUGCUUACAGGUUAGUCUGUUUCAGUCAGAAAACACGAAAUACAGUGUCACUGUAUUGUAUUUGUUCACUAUGUUUUCAAAUAAAAGCAAGAAUUUAGAAUAGUUUUCAUUUUGCAGUGGAAAAUUAAGGCUAUGGCUUUACAUCAGCUGUAUCUUCUAACUCUGGACUCUUCUACGUUUUAACAACUGUAACACAAGUUUGCAUGUCCUGCCUAACUGAACAAAAGGGAACAAAGAAAUAGAUGGAAGACCUGGUUUAUUUGUUCAGGUUAGUAGCAGAUAUGAAUAACCCAGUGCUUAUUAGGCUGUAAGUGGUAAGAGGCUGUUUCAAUUACCAAACAUUUUUUUGGUCUAUUAAGAAUAGUACAGUCCUCACUAGAUUGUUAGCUUCUUGACCAGAAAUGCAUUAAGCAGUAAAUGCAAUUUGUAGCUUUUCACUCUCUUUCUGAAGACCUUUAUUAGAUCCACAACUCUCACACACAGCUAUGUAAUUUAACUAGUAGCAGCCCACUCCUUUUGGUUUACUUAAAAUACUAUUGAAACCAAACAGAUACCUGGAGGAAGAGAAUGAGUAGCAAUAUGCCUGAGAUUUACAAGUAAAAUACUCUAUUUCAAAUCUUAGGUUAGAAAUGUGCAUCGAGUGAAUAACUCAGUAGCACAUGAUCAGAAUUUGUGGCAUAAACAUUUGCUAAGAAUCCUGUUUACUGGCAGUUGAACAUUAACAGAUCAUAUUGCAGGAACUGCUUUUAAGCGGAUCUCCUUGGCUGACCAUGUAUUUGCAUUAGUAUUUAUUAUUUGUUUUUGGCAGUACCCAAAGUGCACCCCUGUGCGACAUGUUACAAAAACACAGAAGGGGACAUUGAUCCCUGCCUUAUAACAGUUAAGUGUGGAAUGCAGGGGUAAAUACUGAAACGAAAUCAUCAGCAGAACGUGGUUCCCAGUAGCGUGGGCAUUGUCAUUCUUUGUGUUAGUUUUGAUUUAAGCUAGUUUUAUCUCCAGUUACUCAUUCAGUUCAUCAUCAUGGAAGGAAUUCGCACAAAUAUUUAUAAAUAUGUAAAUGUAAUUUUAAAUAAAUGUCAGCCCAGAAACCUGGUAACAUUGGUUUUGUAAAACAAAUUAAAACAAUUAAAAGACAAAAAUACAGGGAAAAUGCUAACUAUUUUAUCACUCUCACCGUACUGGAAAGCAGGUCACCUUUUGGGGGGAAUAACAGUAAAGCUAAAUGAAGCCCAGCUAACACUGCAUAGGGUACUGUGAACUUCAUGAAAAGUUGAGCUGCUGCUCAUUUUUUUCUUUGCCUUUAGAGAUGAGAUUUAUCUGAAGAAUAGAGCUGACUGUCAGGUAGAGAUAUACAUGUGAUACUGCAGUAGUAUAUUACACUCAAGCAGCAGUAUCCUUAACAUCACAUUAAAGCCUUUCCUUGAUUCUCCCUUGCUACAUAUUCUCCCCUGCUACAUAUUCUCCCACUGAGAUUCACACCUCCAUUAAUUAGUCUUACAGUUCCAGCUGGAGUCCAGGUGACUAUUUGAUUGUCUUUUGCCAUUUCAUGUCAAUCCCCCUGGAAUUGGGGAGUAACAACAUUAUUACUUUCCCUUCAUAAGACUGUUUUAUAUUGUAAAAUUAUAGUAAUAGGCACUCAAUACAAUAAUGUGAGUUUUUUAAAAUAUAGGAUGCAUAUGUUAUUUCACCAAUAGAAAUUUUUUUAUCUUUACCUAUCCUGCUUCCUCAAACAUGCAUAUAUUACAAGUUUUAGUUUACUCAGAAAAGAGCAGUCACAAAAUCAAAACAAACACACCAACCCACAUGGAUAUUUGCUGUCCUUUGAAUUGUUGCCAGAGGUUAGAUGAAAAUAGCCAGCAUACUCCCCUAUCUUGAUAUUAGAGAGCAUUUGACAGAUACAUUAUAAAAAUGUGCUUUUAAAAAGUUCUUUGAAGUAUGGAAGGCUCAUAAUUCUUUUCGUAUGUGUUUUCAACAAGGAUUUCUGUUAUGUGUAUACUGAUAAUGGCAGUUACCUGUAUUACAUCCAUAAUUUUAGAUGCCAUUGAAGGAAGAUUGUGUCAACAACUGCCUUGUCUUUCCAUGUGAUUCAGUGGCCCAGUGGAAAACAAGUGACUAGAAUGAUUUCACAGGAAUGAGAGAAGUGAAGCCUGAGUAGCAGUUAGGGAACUUUCUAUUUAGUCUUAUUAAAUCUGGUAUGUUUCAUUAAUGCUUACUCGGUUCAAAGAAAAUAAUUUUCUUCCCAAAUGUAAAACAAUACACUACACAAAUGGUUACAAUAUUUACUGCUCACUUUUUACAACAGGAUUUUAACUUGUCUCUCCUGAGAAAGAAUGUACUGCUAAACAUAUGGUAACAGAACAGUUUAACAUUUGGGGAGUUGUUAAAUUGGUUUAAAGCUAUAUUUAACACACCCUAUUCCUUCCAUUAUGAGGUCAAAGUGGUUAACAUGCAUCUCUUCUCCAGCACAACCUUUCAAACUCUUGAGAUGAUCAGAUAAAACGUUGCCAGGAUCAUAAAGUGAUAAAAAUGUAUUGAGGCUAUCAUUAAAAAAAAAAAAAAAGGCACAAGUCAGUUGCCAUGUUUCUUUUGCAAGACAUUUUUAUAGAGUUCAAUUGAGUUAUUUCCAAUUCGAUUAUCCAACAAAACUGCUCACCCUGAUUUCCACUUUCUUUCAGCCUCAACUUUAGCAAAAAAGUGAGGAAUAAUCUUCCUGUCGCAAAACUCUGAAAGGUCACCAGAUAGACCAGCAUUUUUUUUUGUGCAUAUGUACAACUAUCAAUAUCCUGCUUCUGUGAUAGCAAUUUAAGAUCUGUAAUGUGUAACAUAUAUAAUACUGUACUCUGAAAUCAAUCAAAAUUAGUUGUGAUCAUCCAUCUGAGGAACUAGUAGGGCAGGGUAAGGUGUUGGGCAGGUACAGCAGCUUCCCAAAGCUGCUUCUAUCUAAGCCGCUUCUUCUGUCUAAGGCUUACUUAACCCAUCCAAAAUUUGAUAUUACAGAUGAAUAUCUACAAAUGGACUAUCUUUUUUGUUUUAAUUUAGUCAUAAACAUGAUAUAAAAUAAAAUUUGUUAUCCUGUAUGUACAUUUUAAACAUAGCUCUUUAAGAUCUUGUUUAGACUAGGUUAUCAAGAACAGAAGAACAGUGGUCACUUAUUUACACUUUUAAUAGUGUAGUGAUAGAAAGAACAUACACCUUACCAUAGACCACGCUUUAGGAGUUUAAGCCUUAACUCCCCCAUAAACUAAAUCAGACAUCUUAAAAGUACAUACUGGUCACAUCUAAUAGUUAGUUAAAAACAGCCAAGUUUCUGUAAAUUGUUAGCUUAGAAAGUACCUUACAUGUUAUCCGGAUUGUGAAGGCUAGUAGUUUAGGCAUAACAGAAUUUGGGGAAUUCUGAGCAUGGUUCAGGUUCUAACAACCCAUUCUAUGGCUAUUAUUUCUAAUUUUUCAACUGACACCGAAAAAAAGACUUUUUUUUUUUUUUUUAAAGAUACAAGUACUAGCUUCUCCAGAUAAAAGUAGAGGGAAAGGUUAGAUGGGAUACUGUGUAUUUCCUUCCUUAGAUUUUGUCUUUUUUGGGGCACCUGACCAACAAUUCACAUACUCCCCAAAGCCAGUCUCUUCACAGUAACUACUAAGUAACAGUCUAUUACAUUGCACUGUGCUGUAGAAUAGGUGAUGAUCUACACCCAUUUUUUCUGCAAUAAAUUCUCCAAGCAAUAUAGAUCCAUCUGAAGAUAGGAGGGUGUGAUUUUGGGCAUCUAAACUAUUGCAUGUGAAAAUAAGGGUGUGAAAGAUUAUUUUUUGAACACGGCAUGCAAACUUGUUUUAACAAUUUGAAGCUGCUUUUAAAAAAUGAAUUUUUAAGAGCUGAAUUUUCAGAAAUGUUAAGGCUACAGAUAGGUGCCUACCGAUUUCUUACCACUGCAAAAAAGCACAAAAUUUGUGUUGAACUGGUUUUGCACUAAAGGGAGGUAGUUAUGAGAAAAAUUUAUAUUCAUGCAAAAGGCAGAGCCUAAAAAGGUUCAUGAUCAUUCUGUAUUUUUCAUGUUCAUUCCAUAUUUCAGUGUUGUGUAUAAUUAGUAUCUUUCCCUUUAUAAAUGUUACUAAAACAGAACGUUCUAAGUGUGAAAAGUAGUUUGAUACUUGACAAUAUAAAAUGCUAUAUACAUUUUUUUAAUAGACUGAUAUAUUGAUGAGAAGAAUAACUUUGCUAAUACAGUUUGGUGGAGUAAUACAAGGGAUUCACCAAAUAGAGUUAAGCAUUGAAAUGGUGCUACAUACACAUACCAUUUCAAAACCAGGGGCUACCCCAGCUUGGAAGCCAAUGGAUGAGAUUAGACACUGUCCUGCUUGCUAGACAUGAAGGAGAUUCAGUCAUUUACUGAGCAAAAGGUGAGUUUAGUUAUUUGUAACCGUUUUUAAAGUUUGUUUUUUUUAAGUCUGUGUGGAGAAAUGCUAAGCUUUUUGAUAGUCAGAUAAUGCUCAGUGCUGUCUACCAGCUUUUCCCUCUUUUGUAACAGUGCCUCACUCACUGAUAUCUGAUGGAUAUAAAACCCAGUAUCCUGAGGAUGCACAACCCCAGUGACUAUACAGCAUUCAAGUGAGUCUGGCUCACGCACCUGUUGAGGAAAAAAAAUACAGAUCUCUAAUUCAUAUUGAAUUCAUUCAUUGCAUUCCAAAAUGAUUUAAGGGGUUUGGAAAAUUCCAGUGUUAAAAUUAUUCUGCAUUUUCUAAGAAAAAUAUGUUGCUGUUUUUCAAGGUUUCUUCAAGAGAUGCAGGCUGCACAUUUAUAAUCACUUUACUUUUAAACUUUCUUACCAUAAUACUGACUAGAUCAUUUGAUCAUGAGGAGACAAGGGAGCAAGCUUGCAUAUUACAGUAGUUUUUUUAUACUUUACCUUCAUUUAUUUAUGAAUUUAUUACAAAAAAUAUUUUUAAACAGACAUGAAACCUGGUUUUUUUGUUGUAAAUUUUAGCAAAGUAGUGGAUACAUUUUACUGUGCAUCAUUAAAAAGAUUUAAUAAAACGUUUGGCAAUUCAUG